UCAUCCAAGAAUAUUUAAAAUGUUUUGGCGUAUAUUAUUAUACAUUUUGUGGUUAAUUCGAACAGGUGAAAGUGUCGAGCAGAAGAAUGAAUCAUUUGGGUGAUUUUUUGGGGGGUGAUAGAAAUGUCUUCUGCUGCAGUCCGGUGCGUGGUGGCGCGUCGUGGCGUGUCGUAGCGCGUCGCUCCAGGCGCCAGCCUGCCGUUUCCCCGCCGCCUCACGCUCUCCUUCUCUCACUGUGACAGAUGAGCGCGAGUUGGACCAAAAUAUGGCGCUAUCGUUUCCAGCCAAUCAGCGGCCCCGCUGAAGCGGGUCUCGGCUGCCGUCAGCGCCGUGGCGGGAACGCGCACCCGUGAAGGAAAACGGAUUUGGGAAGGCCUCGGGCUCGCGCUUACCGUGGCUGUGGAGUCAGAGGCUCGACAUUAUGGGGGUUCCUGGACCCCGGGACGGCACGGACCCUGACCGACCGAGGGUGACGGAAAGCUCCGGGAGGCGGUUUACACCGGGACCGAGUCCGGUUCGUGUGUCAGUCCUUUAAAAGCGAGUGAGUGAGCCGCAGAGGAGGCGGCGGAGCAUCGGUCACUGCUGCUUCACCAGCACACAAACCCAAAGGAGACUUCGAUUCUCUCUGAACUGGAUCCAACUUCACACUCGGAGGAAAAUGGAUGAAUCGCUGAUUACGCAUCGAUCCGGUCAGCCCAGCCCAGUUCGAGCAGGGUGGGCUCAUCCGGAGUAGAGCCGUCAGUCGGCGGUGAUCAGUCGCCGGUCGGUGAUGUCCGCCUUCUGCGUGGACCUGCAGUCUCCUGCGGGGAUUUCAGCACCGCUGGAGCUGGACAGCGACAGCAUGGAGCCGCGCGCCGGCGCCGCCGCUCCGGACGCGGGCGGCUGUCAGGGUCACCCGCUGCGCCAGGCUGGCUCCGGAGGCCUCGGCAUGGCCCUGGAGGAGGAACUGGCCAUGAUCACCGGGGAGCGGGCAGACGAGCAGGAGCUGCCGGAGCUGGAGGCGCCAAACGCAGAUUUACUGUUGCUCUUCCGCCAGAAGGAGAAAGACUUGGUCUUAGCCGCUAAACUUGGAAAAGCGCUGCUAGAAAGAAACCAAGACUUGACUAAGCAAUACGAGAACAUGCACAAAGAUCUGAACGAGAAACUAGAGCACUUGGAGCAGGAGAAGCACGAACUGCGCCGGCGUUUGGAAAGUCGAGAGGGGGAGUGGGAGAGCCGGGUGGCCGAGCUGGAGACAGACGUCCAGCAGCUACAGGUGGAGCUGGAGCGCCACCAGGUCCAGCUGAGAGAAGUGGACAGGGACAAGAGCAAGGCCAUCAGCGAGCUCUCGGAGCAGAACCAGAGGCUCCUGGAGCAACUCAGCCGGGCUGCAGAGGUGGAAAGGCAGCUGUCCACUCAGGUCCAUUCAUUACGGGACGACUUCAGGGAGAAGAGUAUGUCUACACGCCAGCACAUGACCCGACUGGAGGCUCUACAGGCUGAGCAAGGGCUAGAAAUUAAGAUGCUGUCAGAGAGGAAGAUGGAGCUGGAGAGGCGGGUGCACGCCAUCGUCGAGGAGAACGAGCUGCUGCAGAAUACGGUGGAGGAGCUCAGAGAGAGGACUCUGGUGCUGGAGAGACAGUGUCGGGAGAAGGACCUUCAGGUGCGGCACAGCCAGCUGGAGCUCCAGGAGGUCCAGGUCUCUCACAGGCAGUUGGCAUCCAGACUAGCAGAGCUGACAGAGGAGCACAGCCUCCAGAGCCUCACCCCCCACCCGUCCAGCUUGCUGUGUGAGAUAGAGCAGAGCAUGGAGCAGGAGGAGCAGGAGCAGGAGAGGGAGCAGCUGCGUCUUCAGCUGUGGGAGGCCUACUGUGAGGUGCGCUCCCUCUGCUCUCAUCUGCGGGGAAAUGACGUCACGGACUCGGCGCUGUCCACGGACUCCUCCAUGGAUGAGUCCUCUGAGACGUCGUCUGUUAAAGAUGUCCCCACAGGCAGUCUGCACACCAGCCUGCUGGAGCUGCGGAGGCUGACGCAGAAUCUGCUGGACGGCAACGAGUCUACGGGCUCGCGGCGGAGCGACGAAGACGGUCUGGAGGAGCAGGCGAGGAAGCUGGGAGAGGAGCUGCAGGAGGUCAGGCAGCUGUACGAGGCCGAACAAGACAAAACGCACAGCAACGAGGAGGAGCUGCUACAACUGCACAACCAGAUGGCGCUGCUCUCGGUGGAGAUGUGCUCGCUCCGGGAGGAGAACGACCAACUGAGGGUGAUGGCCGAAGUCAGAGAGCCCAGCGAGCGGCUCCAGAGCGCCAUCAGAGACCGAGACGACGCCAUAGCCAAGAAGAAAGCUGUGGAGAUGGAGCUGGCCAAAUGUAAAAUAGACAUCAUGUCUCUGAACAGCCAGCUGCUGGACGCCAUCCAGCAGAAGCUCAACCUGUCACAGCAGUUGGAGGCGUGGCAGGACGAUAUGCACAGAGUCAUUGACCAGCAGCUGAUGGACAAGCACCAGGACGAGUGGCGCCUGGCUCCCACUUCCCUGUCGGGCUCAUCGAGGAGUCAGGCGUCAAAGCGAGCUCACCGCAUUUCCGAGCGAGACAAGAGACUUUUCUCUUUUUUCAAGAAGAGCUGAGCCGUGUUAGUCUGGCCUGCAGAGACGGGCGGAGGAAGUGACAUCACAGUGGUUCAAAUUCAGCCAAAGACAGGCAAGGGGGGGCAGGAGGCGAGAGAUUAUUUGCACUUUAACCGUCCCAUCAGUAGUUUCUGAAUCGGUUAAUCAUCUGACAGUACAAAGAGCAGCAAUUCUCUAGACUUAAUGGAGGAUUCUUGGUCUUAAAGCGGAUACGGUAACAAAGUUUACCUCCACAGAAGGCUUCCUUAUAGUGCCUACAACCCUCUCUAUAAACCUACUGCCAGCUCUGUAGUGGAGGAAAACCCCACGUAGUUCUAUUAUGCAGACAUGUAUGAAGGAGACAGAUGUGUGGGACAAAGCAGGAUCAUUAGCUGGAAGAUGAUGUCCUCUGGUUUAUUCAUUUGUUCAGGAGUAUUAAGCCAAAAUGUAACAAAAGAUCAUGAAUAGGUCAAUUGUAGAAUAAUGUGUUUUAUCUGGCAUCAGGUAAUUUAUGAUGUUCUUCUUUAGUAAACCAGUAUUUUCUUUGCUUCA